GAAGUUUGUCUCUCAGAUAGAGCAGAAGCAUUGCUCUGUAGAAUGUCUGGAGCCUAAGUAUAUGAAAAAAAAAAGAAGAAAAAAAAAGAAAGAGGAAGAAAGAAAGAAAACCUAAAGCCUGAUAAAUAGGCGAAAGGCCCAAUUUGCUCCAGCUGGAUUUCAGGGAGUUGAAGUAAUUGCUGAAUCAUAAUAUACUCCACUCUGUGUGGAAGAGGACAGACUGUAGUUUGGUUUUCCAUCUCACAUCUUUACACCACCUCAUUUCUCCAAAUUGAAGCUCCAUUUGUGACAAAGAAAAAUAAUAGAGCAAAACCAUGGAGUAUGGAAACCUAGUCUGACAUUACACACAAUAUUGUAUCCUAGCAGUUCCCUGCCUCUUUGCCAUGAGGGAGCAGGCUUUAUUUUUCAAAGCCCAUCAUUUACUGAAGUGAAUGAAGCAGUGGAAGUUGGACCAGAAUAUGGCAGAUACUUAUGGGACAGUACCGGAUGGGUACUGUCUUGCUGAACCUAUACAGUAUUAUGAUGUAAUGCCAGAACAUAUCAAUUAUCAGCUUCAGGACACUGAUUACCAAGUGGCACCUUACUGUCAGUAUUCAGCUGUCCAGUUUUCUCCAGCUUUACAGUCUCCACCUUCUCACAGUUACUACAAUACAUACAGUCUGGAUUCACAGCGUAAUGAUGGGCAAUACAUACUCAGCACCAGCGAAUUAAAUAAACCCGCUUGUAUGGUUACUCAUGAUACUGAGGAUGGAUAUCCAGGAAUAAGAAGAUCUAAACUAAAUCAUUCUUCUGUGAGAAUUAAAGGACAAGAGGAACUUUGUGUAGUUUGCGGUGAUAAAGCUUCAGGAUAUCAUUAUAAUGCACUUACCUGUGAAGGUUGUAAAGGUUUUUUCCGUCGCAGCAUCACCAAAAAUGCAGUAUACAGGUGCAAGAAUGGUGGGCACUGUGAAAUGGACAUGUAUAUGCGUAGAAAAUGUCAAGAGUGCCGUUUGAAAAAGUGUAAGGCAAUGGGCAUGUUAGCAGAAUGUUUGCUAACGGAAGUACAGUGUAAAUCCAAACGACUUAGAAAAAACUUCAAGCAGAAGAAUAGCUUUUUUUGUAACAUCAAAGUGGAAGAAGAAGGAAUAGACAAUAAGCAUGUGUCAUCUACAACUAGAUCUAGAAAAGUGCUACAGGACAGAGUGGAACUAACUCCAGUGGAACAUCAGCUCAUUGAGCACAUUGUGGCUGCUCAUCAAAGAUAUACAAUUCCACUAGAGGAAGCAAAGAAAUUACUCCAGGAAUAUGCGAAUCCUGAGGAAAGUUUCUUGCGACUUUCAGAGACAGCAGUGCUUCACAUUCAGAUGUUGGUGGAUUUUACAAAGAGACUUCCAGGAUUUGAAAGUUUGGCCAGUGAGGAUCAGAUUGCAUUGCUGAAGGGGUCAACAGUUGAAGUCAUGUUCCUUCGUUCAGCUCAAAUCUAUAAUCAGAAAGUUAAUGAAUGUCUUUCGUCAGCCAGUGGAAGUAAAUAUGAUGCUGUAAGGUUUUCUGAUCAUUCACUAAAUUAUCACAGUCAGAAUGCUGAUCAAAGUGUUAUUUAUUCUAUGGAAAUGCCUCACAAUGCAGAGAGUCCAACUUCUACUACAUCUGGCAUCACUGAAGAUUUUAUUACUGCACUCUUUUACUUCUACAGAAGCAUGGGAGAACUUAACGUUACUGAAACUGAGUAUGCUCUGCUUGCAGCAACAACUGUGUUUUUUUCAGAUCGUCCACUGCUUAAAAAUAAGCAACAUGUGGAAAAACUACAGGAACCACUUUUAGGAAUUUUGUAUAAAUAUUCAAAAAUAUAUCAUCCCGAAGAUCCUCAACAUUUUGCUCGUCUCAUAGGAAGACUUACUGAGCUCAGAACACUGAAUCACAACCAUUCAGAAGUUUUGGUCACCUGGAAAUCCAAGGACCCCAAACUUAAUAGUUUACUCUGUGAGAUUUGGGAUAUGCACUGAAUAGCUACUAAUAUUGCUGAGAUUCCACCAUCACCUUGUUUUUUUCUUAAAUUUCUUGAAACGCAAAUUGUUCAUUUAUUUUAUUUUAAAAAGUUUUAUUUUGUGCCUUGUAUUUUUACAGUACAGUCAUUUCCCUUUAACCACUCCUCCUUCCCCCUUCUGUUCUCCCCAUGUAUCCUACCUUGUAAUAGAAAAUAGACACUGCCAAUUUGGACUUUUGUCUGUAUUUCGUGUCCAUAAUCCCCUUGCUUUUCUCCUUCCUCAUCUCUACCUUCCAGCUUCCCUGGUUUCCUUAAAUAUCAGAUAAAA